AUGGCGACUCGGCAGGAGCUGAAAAACAGGUCAGUGAAGGAGCUGAAAGAGAUGUUGAGCCGAGAGGGCUACGAUCCGGCUGCCAUCGUCGGCCUCGAGAAGGAGGAGCUCGUCGAGAAGGUAUGGGUGCUCUGUCAAAACCCGAAGGAGCAGGACCCAUAUCCUCUUCCUCUCUAUUCCAACUGUUGGCCCCAGUUCAUCCUGAGAGGUUUGCUGCUCCUCGGGCUGCAGAGCUACGUUGCAUCGCACUUCUUGGCUUGGCAUGCCAAUCUUCUGGGGAUCCUUGUCGUGGUAGUGGUGCUCACCGUCCGCAACAUGUGCGUUCGGCAGGAGAAAGCUCGCAAGCUGCGCAAGCGACUGUGA